UAUCUCUCAGCUCUUUUUAUAAUAGAUCCGAAGCGUCUGUCCCUUCUCCUUCAUCAAGAUUCUCUCAAUUCUACCCGACGCUUCUUCAGAUUCUCUUUGUUAUCAGAGAGAUCAAAUCGAUGGCUUCCCUCGAUUCCGACGUCACCAUGGUUCCCGCAGGAGAAUCCUCAAGCAGCGUCGCCCCAUCGUCGUCGUCCACCAAGAAGGCGAAGAGAUUCGAAGUUAAGAAGUGGAGCGCCGUGGCUCUCUGGGCUUGGGAUAUCGUUGUUGAUAAUUGCGCCAUCUGCAGAAACCACAUCAUGGAUUUGUGUAUUGAAUGUCAGGCUAAUCAGGCCAGUGCUACGAGUGAGGAAUGCACUGUUGCUUGGGGGGUUUGCAACCACGCCUUCCACUUUCACUGCAUCAGCAGAUGGCUUAAGACUCGUCAAGUUUGUCCAUUGGAUAACAGUGAGUGGGAGUUCCAGAAGUAUGGUCACUAAACCCACCAGCAAAUCAUUUGGUUGGCGCAUAUGAGAUGCUGAUAUUGCUCAAAGUUCUUUGUUUUUUUUUCUUUUUUCUGGUUGUCUCAAAGUUGUCAAAACAGAGAUUACUCUGUUGAUAUUACUCUUCACUGAACCUAUUAUGUUUUGCUUUGAGUGAUAUCUUCAAUUUCAAGGAAAUAUGUAGUUCCUGCCAA